AUGCACUCACCUACAACACUGCACUGGCAAGCAGUGAAACGCAUUCUAAGAUAUUUGAAGGCAACAUAUGAUCAUGGGCUUCGAUAUCAACCUGGAAAACUUGAAUUGAAUGCUUAUUCUGAUGCUGACUAUGCAGGGGAUCCUGAUACAAGACACUCUACUGGUGGUUUUUGUGUUUAUUUUGGUUCUAACUUAAUUUCCUGGAGCUCAAAGAAGCAGAAGACCGUUUCACGUUCUAGUACGGAGGCUGAGUACAGGCAAUUAGCUUAUACCGCUGCUGAGUUAUCUUGGUUACAUCCUUAUUCCGAGAUUUGUGCGUUUUCUUACCUACGCCUACUCUAUGGUGUUGCUGAUCUGUUCACUAAAGGUCUCAGUUCUUCUCGGUUCAAGGCUCUUGUUUUCAAGCUUCCUGUUCUCCAAGAACCACUCAGCUUGAGGGAGGCUGUUAGACCAAAGUCUGACGUGGAUAAAGCUACUGGGUUUUUGAAUUUGAAUGAUAGUUCUUUAUCCUCUGGUUCGUUUGAAUGA